UUUUCGGAAUUUUUUUUGGUUCCAUUUUCAUUUCUCUCUGUUUUUUUCAAGGGUUUAUCUGAUAACUUCAUCGCUCUAGGGUCAGGGUUUUCUGAUAGAGCGAAGACAGUGAAGUCGAGGGAAAACCAGAACUCCAAGUUUCAAGAAAUGGAGGGAGUUAUUAAAGAAAGCAGCCCAAGAGAUCAAUGGCAAAGGAAGCCCAACUAUAUCGAACCCAUGUUUCGAAUCGAAUCAAAUAGACUCAGUGAAUCCUUGCAAGCUUGCACUAGUGAAAGAAACCUAAGAAGGGGUCUAGCGCACCACUCUCACAUGAUAAAGGUGGUUUCUAUCAGCUGUAUAUCACUAUGGAACAAACUCAACAACAUGUAUAGUCAAUGUGGGCAUCUCAAUUAUGCAUCAAGAGUCUUUGAGAAUAUGUUAGAGAGAGAUACAAUCUCUUUCAAUACAAUUAUUUCGGCUUAUCUCAAUCACAGGUUCCACAACAGGGUCUUUUCUAUGUAUUCUAUGAUGAAAGAAGCUGGUCUGAUCCCUAAUUCCAUCACUCUGACCUUGCUUUUCAAGGCCUGCAAUUCUCUUUCUAGUGUGAACCCUUUAACGCAAAUUCACGUUGAAGCCCUAAAGCGUGGUCUUAAUUCAGAUGGUUUUGUAGGUAGUUCAUUGAUCGAUGGCUAUUCGAAACUUCGAGAGAUUGGUGAAGCAAGGCAGGCCUUUGCAGAUAUCUCUAAAGUAGACUUGGUUUCUUGGAAUGUAAUGAUCAAUGCUUACAUAGAGAACUCUUGUGAUGAAGAAGCCAUUGAAACCUUCUCUCAAAUGAGGAGAGAGGGCCUAAAACCUGAUGGCUUCACCCUAACCAGUAUACUUGGGGCAUUUUCCGGGGGACAUGAAGUUGGAGAUCAGCUCCAUGGAUGCCUGAUAAAAGAAGGCUUAGCUUUCAAAACCCCAGUUGUAAAUGCAUUAUUGACCAUGUAUUCUAAGAGUAAGAAAAUGGGCAGUUCCAGUAAACUCUUUGCUAGAAUGCAAGCUCCAAAUCUUAUUUCUUGGACGGCCAUGAUCGCUGGGUUUGCUCAAAAUGAUUUAAACCAUGAAGCUGUGAGGUUUUAUCAGGGGAUGCAGAGAGAAGGGAUGCGAGAAAACCAGUUCACAUUAGCUAGUGUUCUCCCUGCCUAUGGUGGCCUCGCCACCUUACAACAAAGCCAACAAGUUCAUGCUCGAAUCCUCAAAUUAGGAUUCGUGUCAGAUGUUUUAGUGGCAAAUGCUCUGAUUGAUUCAUAUUCAAAGUGUGGAAGUUUACUAGAGGCUCAUCUAUUGUUUCAAACCCUGAAUUACAGGGAUGUGGUCUCAUUCACUGUGAUGAUAGGGGCGUUUUCUCAGCAUGGAAAAUCCAAAGAAGCAUUGAGUUUGUUCAAAAGAAUGGAGAGAGAAGGAAUGAGACCUGAUGAGAUAACCUUUUUGGGUCUUCUCUCAGCUUGCAGCCAUGGUGGAUUGGUUAAAGAAGGGCUUAUGGUUUUCAAAACCAUGACUGAUUUUUAUGGCAUAAGACCAAGAACUGAACAUCAUUCCUGCGUGGUCGAUAUGUUGGGUCGAGCAGGAAGGUUAAGAGAGGCUGAGAGCUUUAUCAAGAUCAUGUCAAUAGAGAAGGAAGGAGCGGCUUGGGAGGCUUUUCUUGGGGCUUGUAUGAUACAUGGGGAGAUUGAGCUUGGAGCCAUGGCAGCUGAGAAGGUUAUGGAGAUCGAACCUGAGAGAGAAGGAGCUUAUAUUUUGUUGUCAAAUAUUUAUGCAGCUAAGGGAAAAUGGGAAGAUAAGGGAAAAAUUAGAAAGAGGUUAAAUGAAAGUGGGUUGAGAAAAGCAACUGGGUGUAGUUGGAUUGAAGUGAAGGGGGAGUUUAAGGAAUUUGUUGCAGGAGCCUUGUCAAACCAAUGCUCAAAUGAUAUUUACAAUUUGAUGAGAAAUUUGAACAAUGAAAUGAGUAUGGCAGGUUUUGUUCCUUCAAUUGAAAAGUCUGCAUAGGGAAUAAAAGCGUUGAUGAUGAUGGUGAUGAUGGUGAACUUUAGCAGAGUCUCCAACCAAUCCUCGGUGAAAUGUCCAUUCUAUAUUGGGUCUGUUUAUGUGGAGUCACUGAAGGGUGAGAAUGGGAGGAGGGGUAAAUGGCUCUCUUUAUCUUAAUGUUGUUCACAUCUAGUGCUUCAUGCACUAAGGAAUUGCGAUCCAUUGCAUCUGAUCUUACUGAUAAAGCCAUCAAAUGUGUAUGGUCUUCUAAAGAAAAUAAGCAAACGCUCUUCAUGCCAAGUGGGCAAAAAGGCUCUCAUGUUUAGAGUAAUCGCAGCCGCUGAAGGUUCAGUGAAACCAAGUCAGACAGAUGAAACGAUCCCAUUUUGGGCAAGGCCUGAUUCGGAUGAGCCUCCUCCUUGGGCCCGUGAUGAUGGAAAAGCUGAUGGUUCUCAACCACCUUUGAGAUUCCCUUUUAUGCCUAUCUUCUUGACUCUGCCAUAACUGCCAUUGCAGCGAUUGGUUGUCUUUGAAUAUGCCAAUCAAAGGCCGGGUUUUGGAGUAAUCGAUUCAGAUAGCAUAUUUUAUGCUCCUCUGCUAGGAUUCUUCGCCAUAACUGGCUUUUUUGUGGUUCUAAUCUGUACACGCUGCCAACAAAGCAACUGAGGAGCAGGAUCGGCGAGAUGGUUACCUAAAAUAACUGGUACUUCUCCAUUGUGAUAUAUGUGAUUUACGCAAUAUCUUAUUCCUUUUCAGCUCAAUGAUUUGCAAUUUUUAACUGCAAUAAGUUAUUAAGUUAUGUUGGGAUAUAAGUAUAAAAUUUACAAUUUAUCACUGCUUCUCUCAGUUGGUUGGCAGUUUGUGAUAUAAGGUUUCAAUUAUGCUUCUCAAAUGCUAUUCAUCACUUGCUGCUGCUAUUUCUGUUAUUUUUACUGCCAGGGUUGCUGCUACAACUACAGGUGCUCUAGUAAUUUUAAAUUUCGUAUAUUGUGUUUUUGUAAUUUGUAUGUUAUAUUUGCCAUAUAGUAACUGUGAUUUUUUGGCGUUUGUGUCAGUUUAGGAGUCACUUUUCCUGAGUCUGCACCUCUUCAAAACCUUGUUUUCUUAUCCCUUAUUACUCUAGUACUACUAUUGUAGCACUUUUAUCAAUUUGUUUGAUUUUCUUUAGCUCUUAAUUUCCAGUAAAUUCUAUUUGAUUAUACCAUUCUGCUAUCUGUUUUGGGCUUGUGGCAUUGAUUCGGUAUUAUGUAACGUUUUGAACAACUUAUGGAAACCUGUCAUUCUCUUUUCUUCUGUGAUUAUUACUAUAUUCAAUUGCUUGCAUAUUAUUGCUUUUUCAUUUUU